CUAAAAAUUCUUAGAUUGUCUUUUCUAAGCCAUUUCACUGCUGUGGACUGUAGUUGAUAAUGUCUCUGUUAAAUUCACGUCGAGGCCAUCCAAAUCAAGAGAAAUAUAGACACUGGAAAUCUGAUCAAAAGAUGAUGGAGGCUGAACACCAGAGGUCAGAAUUUGGUGGGAGAAGCCUUUCUCAACAGGCUGGUGGCCUUAAGGAGCGAGUGACGUCCUUUGAUUUCAAGGAAGAUCAGUUCAAAGACCUUACAGACCAACAUGAAAACUGUCGCCGGCCCACUACCGUGCCCCAAUAUCCUGGUAUUCAAGGACAUGGAAGUUGUACUAGCUUUUAUCUUCAGGGAUCUCAGAAAACUAUUAACACACACUGCAAAAGCAAGAAGGAAUAUUUAGAGGACUUUGCCCUCCAUUUUCCAUACAGAUUAGCUUGGCUAUCUUCAAGCCCCACAAUGUCAAGAACUAGACCAUGGGACCCUCAGAAGAUGAUGGGCCACCUUCGAGAUAAGCUACCCCUUCAGAAAAGUCUACAGCCCACAAGGUCAAUUCCAAGCAAAGGGGUUAGUCUUUCCACGGGGAAAAAUAUCAACCUCAUAGAAGAAUGACCAGUUAAUUUGUAUGAGCCCGUGUGCUCUUGAAAACUGUGAAGCACUAUGCAAAUGUAGCCUAUGACCCUGGAUUCAAAUCUGUCUUCUCCAAAAGACAGCUACAGAUUUCCUGGGUAGAGGUUUUCUCCUCCAUGUCCUGGAUUGCUAACAUCCUUCUUCCAUCCGUCCAAGAAUUUACUAAGCACUUACUAUGCUUGAGGCCCCCUGAUAGGCAUUAAGGGAGAUAUAAAAAUGAAUAAAACAGCAUGUCUGCCCUCCAAAGGCCUCUGGUUUUGGGGAGAGGGGGUAAGGGUAAAUACAGAUUAUAAUAAUAAAGUCACAUAAAUAACAAAAAGCUAGGAGGAACCCCCUCCCGGUUGAGGUCAUCAGAGAAAUCUUAAUGGGGGAAAUUGGCAUGAGCUGAGCCUUGAAGGUAUGGAUAGAAUCUUCAACAGGUAGAGCUAGCUCAAAGGGAGGAUAUUCUAGGAUGGUGUUGUUCAAAGAUCACCAAAGCUGGGAGCCAGGAGACCUUGGACAAGUCACUACCCUUCUUUGGGCUUCCUUACCUCUCAGAGGGCAUAAAGAUCAAGUGAAAAAAUGGAUCUCAAAGCUCUUUUGGAAACUUUUUUUAAACUAAAAAUCUGAAAGGAUUUCAUCAUCAAUUUGCAUGGGAACUAGACUACAAUUUUGCUGUUUGAUUGAAGAACAUUUGCAGAAGUUUGGGAAGAUGACAUACUAACUCAGCUAGACAAGCCAUUCCUUUCCUCAUCUCUAAUGAGAAGACUCAAGGUCUAAUGAGAAGGUCUCAAGAAGGUAGAAUGACUUCCCUAAAGCACCCCAAGCCAUGGAGGCAACUCCAAGUCCAAAAUCAGACUUUGUGCUAAUUCAGGCACUGGAGUUUCUGUUGGGAAGUGAAACAGCUAAAAGGGGGAUGGCUACAAGUUGUUUACUUGGUGAGGCUAUCAAAUCAUUGAGUUUUUUUGCUAAUAAACACUUGCAAAUUUUCUGUUUCCAAA